AUGUCCAAAAACUCCACCUUCCCACUCGUCGACGACGUCCUUAAUGAGAUCCGCUUCAGCGAUUGCUUUUCUCGGGCAGAUCUGUUAUCGCUCGCGCUGACUUGUCGAUGCUUCGAGCAUCCCGCCCUUGCUGCCCUCUGGCAGUCACUCAAAACCGACUUUCCUCUGGUCACCCUUUUGCGCACUCUCGGAAUCACGGAGCCGCUGGACAUUCCACCCCAAGAAUUAGUCGAAUUCGUGGCCCACCGGAAGGUGCGCUCAGGGUGGCUCUACGCAAGUAUUCUGCAGUCGGCUUUAUCCCAGCAUGAACACCGAUUGACUUCCUAUCAGACUGUCGCACACAUGCAAUCCGUGCACGACCUCCGCUCUCAUCCGAAAUGGGGCCGCUUCGAGAUGUACGCGCGUUUUGUGCGGGAGAUCCACAUCUGCCCUGGCCCCGCGACUCAGAUGUCAUCCGUGUGGACAGAGCUCGCGGCUCUCCUUCCAGCAGAUGUUUCGAUACUCCCUGGGCUUCGCCAAGCGACCAUAUAUCGGCCCGCAACGGUGUUCAACCUAGCCAGUGCCGAAGACAGGAGCCAGUUCGUGUUGCUCACACCGGAUGUGCGCUCGGUGGAUCUCGUGCCUUUCUUCAACCCAGACGGAAGCAAGGCUGUCGCUGAAACCCUUUUCGCCCGUUUCCCUUGCGUGCACGAGGUCGCGCUCAAGUACUCCACGUGGCUGCCCCUCCUCUCCCAGUUCUCCUACAUUAGGAGACUCACGGUCCGCCAGUGGGACGCGCAUAUCGGAUUCACGGAAAUGCCCGUGAUGGGUACCUGGCCUGCCCUCGACUCCCUCGAGAUUUUCAUUGAAGGGUUCAACGUCAGAAAGAAGGACACACAGCCCCCACUUCCGGCUCCCUUCUCCCUCCCGGCCCUCAAGACGCUCAUCAUCCACGAUCUAUCUCAAAACCAGGCACUCCUUCCCCUCCUUUCCCGGAUGGACCUUCCCGUUCUCCGCACGCUCGCCUACGACCUCGACCCCUUCAUCGAAGGGGACUGCGUUCCGCAACCCCGUCUCAGCGCCAUCUUCCUCGCGUACCCACACAUCUCCGAGCUCGAGCUGGCCUUCUCCUUGGUAGAGGCGGGCGCGAUAUCCGCAACGUCGCAACACGUGGCGCUCUCGGACGUCGUCCCUCCCCUCGCCCCCCUCAAAGGCCUCCGCGUCCUCAAAGUCACGGUACAAAGCGACACGUUCGCUUACAGCUCCGCCGACAUCCUCGCGAUCAUCGCCGCGUGUCCGGCACUCGCGGAGCUCUGCGUCGAGGUCGAAUGGGACCACUACUUCUUCUACGAAGACCAGGAGGUGCCCGGGUCCGGGCCCGAGCAGCCAACCUCACCGUCAACAGUCCUCGAAGUGCUCACGGCGACGACCCCCAAGCGCGUGUGGGACGGCGUCUCGCCCACGUCCGACGACCACGCGUGGUACAAGGAGACGGCGACGUUGGACGUGCUCGCGGACCUCGCGCGGGUGUGCCCGGCGCUGCGGGUGCUGCACCUCCCGCGGACCGCGCUCGACCUCGGCGCGCUGGAUGCGGCGGUCGUGCGACCGCACGGCGCCCUGCGGGAGCUCCGGCUCGGCAUAGUCGAGUGUCGUGCGGGGCAGGGGGCACCGGCGGGCGCGGUGGAUGUGGAUCCCGCGUGGGCGGUGUGUGCGUUCCUCCGGACGGUGUUCCCGCACGUGGGGCGUGGGGUCGGGGUCCGUACAGUUUCGAAGCUCCCCGCGCGCGCUCCCGUACCUGCCUCUACGGAUACCGCCUCCUGA